GAACAACAAGAUGCUUAGGCAACCGCUGUCUCACCUUAAGCUCACAAAGUGAUGUUAGUUUAUCAUGUUUCGAGUUGGUUAAAUUUCUAAUCGGAAGGAGUAAACCAUAAGCUGCGCUUGUAUCCCUCCAACGGGGAACAACAGAGCCAUGGCAACUGCACAGUCUGCGGUAACAUUUGCAGUGUGCAUCCUGAUGAUAACAGAGCUGAUACUUGCAAAGAAAGACUACUAUGAUAUACUUGGAGUGCCUAAGGAUGCCACUGAACGACAGAUAAAAAAGGCUUUCCACAAACUUGCAAUGAAGUAUCACCCCGAUAAAAACAAGAGCCCAGAUGCUGAAGUGAGAUUCAGGGAAAUUGCUGAAGCUUAUGAAACUUUAUCAGAUGAUACCAAAAGAAGAAAAUAUGACCAGUUUGGCACUGCAUACUUCACUGGGGAUACUCAAAGCAGGCACAGAGAAGGCACUGACCAACCAUUCAACUUUGACGAUAUGUUCAAGGACUUUGACAUCUACAGUCAAAACAGACACGCUCGCUACAGGAGACACUUUGAUGAACAAUCCAGGUUCCAGAAGGAGUCCCACAGCAGACAUAAGAGACAUUUCCAUGGGGGCUUUGGAGGAGGUAUCUUUGAUGACAUGUUUGAUGACAUGGAGAAAAUGUUCACUUUUGAGAGACACACCAAGCAGACAGAAAACAGAUUUCAUGGUGCAUCAAAACAGCACUGCAGAACAGUGACACAACGCAGAGGAAAUAUGGUAACAACGUACACAGACUGUAGUGCAUCUUAAUGUGCAAAAUAGAACAUGUUAAUUUUAAAAUUGCCCUACAAAGGUACCAUUGUGUUGAGUAGAUGUACAAUGUGAACAGUGACAACUGACAUGUUGGCUCUCAGUGGCUGGCAAGUAGUAAAUACGCUUACAUCUCCAUUCAAGUAAGCUUCCCUUUGUCCCUGUGUGAGUGAAUGGUCUUUUAAAUGAUUGUAAUUUUUACUUUAUUGUGGAAGAGAGCUGACUGAGGUCAUUCCAGCAGUAUUUUUAAAAUACAUUUCACUGUUGGGAGCAAUAAAAUAGUCUUGCUUAAUUUGGUACAGGCAUACAUGUGCCAGUUGUCGCAUUUUGCUUUUGUACAGUUUUUAGGCUCUUUUGUGUAACUUUUGCUAUUGUUGGUCUGAGCAGCAGGCAAGAAACAAUGGCAGCUUUUACAGUUUUGUUUGCUGUUACUGGGAAAUGUCAACAAAACUCUGUGACCCUGGCCCUGCAUCAUCUGUUUUAACUCAGGGUUUUAGGUUUAAAUAGCAUUUUGUUCAAAGGUUUGUGUAGCCAACUGCACCAGACUUUUUUUUUAUUAACACCAUUCUAUUUGUUAGCACCUGUGAAUAAAGCUCACUCACUGCUAUUUUAAUAUCAUCUUAAAUAAAAAUUAGACAGUAUGAACCCAGAAAAAGUUGUAGACAACCAGAGACAUAUUUUGGCCUUAAUUUUUAAUAUUCUGUUUUGCUUGGACUGUGUCUCAGAUCCGUCAUUUGUGGGAGAUUAUACUUGUAAAAUCCAAGCCAAAAACAUACUGCAUCCAAGUUGUGUUUGUUUUUCAUCAGCUAUUUAUUUUUUGUGCCGAUUACCUCAUUGUUGCGAGUGCCAGAAGAGAUGUUGAAUCAUUUCCAGCUUCACUACAAGAUAGUCACAACCAAUUCUGAAUGUAUUGACAUAUUCUCUUCUGUUAUAUCUAAAAAACAUGGGGUGUUAUGUGUAUAAAAAUUAAACUGAACUAAAAUAUGAAAUUACAUAAAAUUGCUCUGUAACCAAGCUUUUAAUGGGCCACUUGAACAGUAAGAUGACAACAUUAACCCUCAACACAAACAGCUGAGGUUGAAACAUGUUUCUAACUUAUCAUCCAUUACCUCAGUCCUGCAAAGUGAUUUCAGUGACAUGAUUAGUUGACUUUAUGGUGUGCAAUAUUUUUUUAUAUUUUCUUUUUUUACAUUGAUGUUGUGGAAUAUCCAGUAGCACUUUCAUUUUGUACUACUUUCUCAGUGUGUAAAGAAUGUCUGAAAUAAAAACUAUUUAGACUAAAAUA